UUGAACGAGGAAGACGUGAGAGAAGCACUGCUUAGCUACAUCGCUCAGAAUUGCUGCUACGGCAAGGGCACCGCACGAGAAAUGAGGAUCAAUGAAAUCAAGCUCACCAGUGGCUUGCAUUAUGUGUUGGAGUCGUAUUGCGAGAAGAGAUUGUCCAGCUGGCACCAGGAUGCCUACACAGGUCAGCUCAUCGAUGGACCGCAUAACGGACAUCCCCCAUCUGUUUGGCAAGUUCCGUGCACGGCUUCGAAUCUUUUUGCAAACGAGUCGAAGUAUGUUGAGGUGCCUCACACUUGCACAGUAAUGCCGUGCCACCUGUGUCACGCGAGUGGCUACAACCCAUGUCAUCAGUGCAUGGGUCGCGGCUGGCGACGGUGCUCCUCCUGUAGGGGAUCCGGACGUGGCAUGCACUCUACCAACAGCAGCGGAAGCAGUCACUGCAUCAGUUGCCAUGGCCACGGGAUGAAGAAGUGUCACACAUGCCAAGGAGAAGGGAUGAUACUGUGUGUGGUGUGUCAGGGCUACAAGCAAGUGCGCAACUACAUCCGCCUGAAGAUAGAUUACACUAACCAUGUCAGCGAGUAUGUCAUAGAAAGAACUGAAAUGCCCGACCACCUUAUCAAAAAUGUUGAGGGUCAGGUGAUUCUCCAGCAGCAGUUUGCAGCGGUGUCACCACUGAUUGGCUUCCUUGAUGGAGAAAUGGUUGAAGCCUCUAUAAAAAUGAUAAAUGAUGACAAAGCAUCUCAUGCAAAUGAGUAUAUUUUGCAGCAGCGCCAGACUUUACGCGCCGUUCCUGUCUCGGAGGUGCACUGCAUGUGGAAGGGCAGUGCUGGUCAGUUCUGGGUGUAUGGCAACGAACGUAAGAUCCAUGCUCCUGAUUACCCAGACAAGUGUUGCUGCGGUUGCUCUGUCCUGUAGUUACAACAAUAUGCCUUUCUUCGUGUUCUUCGCUUAUUAUAUAUACGGAAAUAUUCUUUCUCAUUAGAAAUGUGCUGUUAUUUGCAAACUAUUCAAAAUUUAUAAGUACGGUUUUUGUUAUAUUUGUGGUUAUGGCGCCUGUCACCACAUUGAAAGGCUGCAUAAGCACGGAUUCACGUAGUUGACACGAGAAAUCUUAAACACAGGUUUUUGAGUAAUUUUGCAUUGAUACUGAACAGUAUAAUAUGGUACAUAUUGGAAAUAAUGAGUUUCCAUUUGUGGAACUUUUUGCAGAUA